AAAAAUCUUGAAGAAAUAUUCAGAUUCACAAUAUUAUUGUGAAAUAGCGUAAUUUUUACUGUAUAAUCAAUAAAGAAUAUUUAUUUUACUAACAAUUUUAAAAACUGUGAUAUAGUUAUAACUUAUUCAGAAACAUGUCGAAUCCGUGGAAGAAAGUAUCAGCUGAGGCCGAUGUGCGAAACUUAUCGGACAUCAUGUCUGAAGAAUAUGCGAAAGGCCUUCAGGUAAAAGAAGACCUGAGGUUCGCCGAGGAGAUAUCGGACACUGUAAUGCCUGAGUCUAGUGAUGUCUCGCCUGAAAUCCUCAAGAAAAUUGACGAAUCUAACGUGAAAGAGUACUGUGAUUCGGACUCCAUUAUUGCGAAAGUGUUGCAAUGUCAGUUCGAUAGAGAACAUGAUGAUGAAAUAAAGAGAGUAGCUAAGAAGAUGAACGGAGACGCUAAGGUAUCUAUAUCCUUUGAUAACUACCGCAACGUCCCCGAACAUCUCGUGUACGAUUCCGAAUCUGAUGACGAAGACAUCGAGUUAGCGUACAAAAAGGACUGGGAUCGUUUCGAAACUAACGAGAAAGAGUUCGCGAGUCUUCCUAAACGUGGAUUUAUAAUGAAAGAGGGUGAAAUGGUCACGAAACAUGACAGCACUAUAAAUGGAAGGAGGAAUGCUUGCAAAGUCAUGGCGUUCCCCCCUGAAGUAUGCACAGGUGAUGGUGCAGGAUUCGACAUGAAAUUAUCCAAUUCUGUGUUCAACCAAUUAAAGGAACAUACAAGGUGGAAUCAGGCCCGCAAACACAAGAUGUUAGAUAGGAAAGAGAGUCACGCCACUGCUGAAAUGGGUCUCGAUGAACCCACUAGACUUAUACUCUUUAAACUCAUAAACAAUGGUCUCUUAGAAGAUAUCAAUGGAGUUAUAUCAACUGGUAAAGAAUCUGUUGUUUUACAUGCUAACAGUGAUCCAUCAUACACAGAAGCUGUAUUACCAAAGGAGUGUGCGAUCAAAGUUUUUAAAACUACACUAAAUGAGUUCAAAACUCGCGAUAAGUAUAUUGAAGCUGAUUAUCGGUUUAAAAGUCGGUUUUCUAAGCAGAACCCUCGGAAGAUUGUACAUAUGUGGGCGGAGAAGGAAAUGCAUAACAUGAUGCGGAUGCAAAAGAUCGGAUUGAACUGUCCUGAGAUGGUUUGUUUGAAGAAGCACAUUCUUGUUAUGUCAUUCAUUGGGAAGGAUAACAAACCAGCUCCCAAACUACGAGAUGUUAUUCUGAAGCCAGAGAAAUGGCAGAGUGUGUACAAUGAGAUAGUAGAGGCGAUGCACAAGUUGUACAAUGUUGGCCAUCUAGUUCACGCUGAUUUGUCAGAGUACAAUAUUCUAUGGUGGGAGAACAAGUGCUGGUUCAUUGAUGUCUCUCAGUCGGUGCAGCCGGAUCAUCCCAGUGGAUUGGAGUUCUUGUUGAGGGACUGCCGUAAUAUCAUCAAUUUCUUUGAAAAGAAAGAUGUGCCAGACAUCACAACUGCUGAAGACCUGUUCAAAUCAAUUACAGGCUUUGAAGAAGUGGAUGUCAACUUGCUAGAAGGUGUUCACACUGUUUACAACUCGUUGUCAUCUCGCUUCGAGAUAGCCCCUGACGACAAUCGCAAUGUCAGCUAUCCAUUUGAAUAUUGCUGGAACAAAUCCAAUGAAACUAAGAAGGGGAAAAGCAACAACAGUGGUGAGGACGAUGAUGAUGACUUUGAUGAAAUGUGGAAGCAUGCCAAACCAAACCAAAUUAUUGAUGCAUCAGCAAACUUUGGCAAUGAGGUUGAAACUUUCAAGACCAAUGUAGACUUUGAUGUCAACAGUGAUAUAAUUGUUGACACCAACGUCAAUUUCGGCAACGUAAUUGAUGUUGCACUGACUAAAAAUGAUGUGGAUAUAGGUGGUAGUAGUAUUGAUAAAGUCUUAAAGAGAUCAUAUAUAUUUGUAUAUUGAAAAAUUGAAAAAAAAAAAGUUUAUUAUUAAAACGUGAAACUCACAAGAGAAAAAGUUGGUUGGUACUAAAAGCAACCUAGAAAAAAUAGAUAUUUAUCAUGUUUAUGGAGAAUAAAAGAGAAAGGAUA